AAGUCCGAGCGGAAUCUAUUGUGGAGAUGUUGGAGACAGAGAGACAGAGGAGACAGAGACAUAUUGUUCUUCUACGGAGCUACACGCCGAAACCGGUAGAAAAAUGGAUACUAAAAACACGACAUUUCACUAACUGCAACUAUUACAUUUGGUGAAAUCCGAAAGAUCCUGUUAGACGAAUGGGUUUAUUAUUAAGAGCCGACAUCACAACUGUUACUUUCACUAGCUAGCAGGCUAGCAGACUAGCUCCAAUGGCUGCAUGCUUGGAAUGGAUAGCUCGUUGAAACUAUUCUCUAGUAAGGAUUUAUAUUGUCAAUGGAAUAAACAUCAUCAUCUCGUCGUCGUCGGUAAUAUAAAGUAACGAUCUCCGUAGAGUGAUUGUCUCGACUGAACGGUACCGUUCACACACCGCGGACACAACAAGAAACAAGAAGAAAGUCACAUACAGGCUCACCGGUCGAGGCUCAAGGUUCAACAGACACAGACGGGGAGAACAUGACUCACAGACCUGUGCCAGAUCUUGGCAUGGGGCCAGUGUGCCAGCCUCACCCCUACCAGGCCCUCUGAUGCCCCAGUGAAACAUGACCGAGAGGCUGUGAGGCUAGGAUAGCCACCCCGUCCCAACAAUACUCUCAACAGUUCCCCUAAACUCUCCAUCCUGCCCCACCAUGCUGCGUUUCCUGCCUCUGAAGCUGGGUCGUCUCUACCGUUGUCUGAAGCUUCUGCUGGUGGUGGGUCUGUUUGUUAUCCUCCUGAUGAACACCCACAACCUGUUCGCCUCCUUCCAGAAGAACGAGCUGACGGACCGCCGGUUCAUCAACCUCAACAAGUGCCCCGCCUGCUUCGGCACCAGCUGGUGCAGGAAGUUCAUGAACGGCCAGGUGUCUUUCGAGACCUGGGGACGCCUGCGCUUCCUGGAUGUCUUCAACGUCAAGAACGUGUACUUCGCCCAGUAUGGAGAGCCGCGCGAGGGGACGAGGCGCGUGGUGCUCAAACGCCUGGGAUCCAAUCAGGAGCUGGCGGACAUCGACCAGAAGAUCUGUAAGAGAGCUACUGGCCGCCCGCGCUGCGACCUCAUCCAGGCCAUGUACAAGACGGAGUUCGCCAGGCUGAACGGGGACGUGAGGCUGCUGACCCCUGAGGUGGUAGAGGGCUGGUCUGACCUGGUGCACUGCCCCUCCCAGAGGCUGCUGGACAGGGUGGUGCGACGUUAUGCCGAAACCAAAGACUCUGGCAGCUUCCUGCUGAAGAACCUGAAGGACACCGAGAGGAUGCAGUUACUGAUGACCCUGGCCUUCAACCCUGAGCCCCUCCUACUACAGAGUUUCCCGUCAGACGAGGGCUGGCCGUUCGCCAAGUACCUGGGAGCGUGUGGUCGCGUGGUGGCGGUGAACUACGUCGGCGAGGAGCUGUGGUCUUUCUACAACGCUCCGUGGGACAAGAGGGUCGACCUGGCCCGACAGCUGAUGGACAUCGCUGAGCAGCUCACCAACAACGACUUUGAGUUCGCCCUCUACCUGCUGGACGUGAGCUUCGAUAACUUCGCCGUGGGGCCGCGGGACGGAAAGGUCAUCGUGGUGGACGGUGAGAACGUCCUGGUGGCCGACAAGAGACUUAUCAAACAAAAUAAACCAGAGAACUAUGACGUGUGGUACGAGAGUCGCUUCGAGGACUGUGACAAGGAAGCCUGCCUGUCCUUCUCCAAGGAGUCUCUGUGUAACCGCGUCACCGUGGACCACAACUACUACGCUGUGUGUCAGAACCUGCUGUCGCGUUACGCCACGUGGCGAGGGACCACCGGCGGCCUGCUCCACGACCCCCCCGCCCACAUAGCCAAAGACGGCCAGCUGGAAGCGCUGUUGGACGAGUGUACCAACCCUAAAAAACGCUAUGGACGCUUCACGGCCGCCAAGGAGCUGAGAGACUACCUCACCCAGCUAGUGGCCUCCGCCUCGGCGAGGUAAUGACCAGAGCUGGCGGUUAGCGGUGGCCGGCAUCUCAGCCGCACGGUGGUUCGGGGUUAGGUGAGGGUUUGAUCUCCCCCUCUGACCUUGUCCCCGGGAACUUGACCACGACCUUUGAACCUUGACACUCCUCCUCGUCUCACUUCAAGCCCAGGAGAUCGCCACCCCGCUGGUCACAUGGCAGCAGCUUUGAUCGGUCCUCUCGUCUCCUGGUGUCAACCAACCAGUGCAGCUUCAGAGGAGAUGUUUAAAACGGAACUGACUGUGGUAGCUGGUUGGAGCUGAAGGACCAGGAGGAAGAGGAUCAGCGAAUAAGGAGAGCUUUAACCCGUGGUUAGGCUAACAUAGACUGUACAUGACUUCUCUCCUCCGCCCAGACCCUCUCUGUUUAUCCAUCAGGACUCUUGUGUUUGCUAUCAUUUUAUCUUAACCAUUCUUUCUUUCUGAAAACGUCCCUGUUGUCCUUUUUGGUUUGGGGUUGAACGAAUCAGAACAGGAGCAUGUUGACAUUUCUGCUGUGGUGUGUAUGUUCUGUUCAGGAGGACGGUCACUAGCUCAUCUCUGCUAUUGUCCCACACGGAGAUCUGAGCACAGCACCGCAGGUUAACAGAGGAAGACAAAGCCUUGGCUAUAAAAGUCUUUACUUCCUGCUAGUCUAAUUGAUCACUUGAUUUCCAGUUCACCUGAAGUCAGGCAAUCAACAUUUUUAUAUAGGGAGGGAGGAACAGGAUAGUGAUGCCAAUGAGGACUGUGGUGGUGCAGAAUCUGGUAUUAGAUGUUGUGUGUGUUUACCAAAGAGGCUAUAUGAAACACUGAACUACCCCCCAGUACCAUGACACAACGCUGUUCUGAUCCUGUAUGACUGCCCAGAGGAACCUUCCCUCCAUCUGUCUGGCAACACAAUCUGCAUAGGAACGAUUGUAUGAAUCCAACUUAAGCCCAGGGUCAGAGUUAACCAAGCUCCCUUCUCUGUGUUAAAUCAGAGCUAAGCCCAGGGUCAGAGUUAACCAAGCUCCCUUCUCUGUGUUAAAUCAGAGCUAAGCCCAGGGUCAGAGUUAACCAAGCUCCCUUCUCUGUGUUAAAUCAGAACCAAGCUCCCUUCUCUGUGUUGAAUCAGAACCAAGCUCCCUUCUCUGUGUUAAAUCAGAGCUAAGCCCAGGGUCAGAGUUAACCAAGCUCCCUUCUCUGUGUUGAAUCAGAACUAAGCCCAGGGGCAGAGUUAACCAAGCUCCCUUCUCUGUAUUGAAUCAGAACUAGGCCCAGGGUCAGAGUUAACCAAGCUCCCUUCUCUGUAUUGAAUCAGAACUAGGCCCAGGGUCAGAGUUAACCAAGCUCCCUUCUCUGUGUUGAAUCAGAACCAAGCCCAGGGUCAGAGUUAACCAAGCUCCCUUCUCUGUGUUAAAUCAGAACCAAGCUCCCUUCUCUGUGUUGAAUCAGAACCAAGCUCCCUUCUCUGUGUUAAAUCAGAGCUAAGCCCAGGGUCAGAGUUAACCAAGCUCACUUCUUUGUGUUAAAUCAGAACUAAGCCCAGGGUCAGAGUUAACCAAGCUCCCUUCUCUGUGUUAAAUCAGAGCUAAGCCCAGGGUCAGAGUUAACCAAGCUCCCUUCUCUGUGUUAAAUCAGAGCUAAGCCUAGGGUCAGAGUUAACCAAGCUCCCUUCUCUGUGUUGAAUCAGAGCUAAGCCCAGGGUCAGAGUUAACCAAGCUCCCUUCUCUGUGUUGAAUCAGUGAUUACUUCAAGAGAUAAUUAAAGGAAGGGUGGAUGCAUUUUCAAACAGACCCUAAGAAUUGGGCCACAGUGUGAAUAUCGCAUUGCCAUUGCAGUGGAAUGCAGUACCCACAGAGUCUGUAAUUGAUAAAUGAUUCCAUGUCUGACUGUUUGAAAAAGGAAUCUGUCUUGUUCUGUGCGUUUUAUCUACUUCCUCAACAACCCAGAUUUGGCUCCUCACAUGUCGUAAUUUCACAGAGUUUUGUGUUCAUUAUUAAACGUUGCCUCCUCACUGCUCAGCUUCACUUUGAGCCAUACAGCUUUAAAUGGCCUGUAUGUUUUAUCUCCAACAAAUUAGCACAUUUGGGUUGAUUUUGCACUUGGUGGACCAAUAAAUUAAAGCCCAAGUAAUCAUAAUGCACUGUAUGUUCAUUUGAAUAGUGAGAAGUUUGUUGUAGCUCAGCGUCCUUUUGUCUCGGAGCUAGGGAACAGAAAAACAACGUCCUUUCUUCUCGGAGCUAGGGAACAGAAAAACAACGUCCUUUCUUCUCAGAGCUAGGGAACAGAAAAACAACGUCCUUUCUUCUCAGAGCUAGGGAACAGAAAAACAACGUCCUUUCUUCUCAGAGCUAGGGAACAGAAAAACAACGUCCUUUCUUCUCAGAGCUAGGGAACAGAAAAACAACGUCCUUUCUUCUCGGAGCUAGGGAACAGAAAAACAACGUCCUUUCUUCUCAGAGCUAGGGAACAGAAAAACAACGUCCUUUCUUCUCAGAGCUAGGGAACAGAAAAACAACGUCCUUUCUUCUCAGAGCUAGGGAACAGAAAAACAACGUCCUUUCCUCUGAGCUAGGGAACAGAAAAACAACGUCCUUUCUUCUCAGAGCUAGGGAAUAGAAAAACAACGUCCUUUCUUCUCAGAGCUAGGGAAUAGAAAAACAACGUCCUUUCUUCUCAGAGCUAGGGAACAGAAAAACAACGUCCUUUCUUCUCAGAGCUAGGGAACAGAAAAACAACGUCCUUUCUUCUCAGAGCUAGGGAACAGAAAAACAACGUCCUUUCUUCUCAGAGCUAGGGAACAGAAAAACAACGUCCUUUCUUCUCAGAGCUAGGGAACAGAAAAACAACGUCCUUUCUUCUCAGAGCUAGGGAACAGAAAAACAACGUCCUUUCUUCUCAGAGCUAGGGAACAGAAAAACAACGUCCUUUCCUCUGAGCUAGGGAACAGAAAAACAACGUCCUUUCUUCUCAGAGCUAGGGAACAGAAAAACAACGUCCUUUCUUCUCGGAGCUAGGGAACAGAGAAACAACGUCCUUUCUUCUCAGAGCUAGGGAACAGAAAAACAACGUCCUUUCUUCUCAGAGUUAGGGAACAGAAAAACAACGUCCUUUCCUCUGAGCUAGGGAACAGAAAAACAACGUCCUUUCUUCUCAGAGCUAGGGAACAGAAAAACAACGUCCUUUCUUCUCAGAGCUAGGGAAUAGAAAAACAACGUCCUUUCUUCUCGGAGCUAGGGAACAGAAAAACAACGUCCUUUCUUCUCAGAGCUAGGGAACAGAAAAACAACGUCCUUUCUUCUCAGAGCUAGGGAACAGAAAAACAACGUCCUUUCUUCUCAGAGUUAGGGAACAGAAAAACAACGUCCUUUCUUCUCGGAGCUAGGGAACAGAAAAACAACGUCCUUUCUUCUCAGAGCUAGGGAACAGAAAAACAACGUCCUUUCUUCUCGGAGCUAGGGAACAGAAAAACAACGUCCUUUCUUCUCAGAGCUAGGGAACAGAAAAACAACGUCCUUUCCUCUGAGCUAGGGAACAGAAAAACAACGUCCUUUCUUCUCAGAGCUAGGGAACAGAGAAACAACGUCCUUUCUUCUCAGAGCUAGGGAACAGAAAAACAACGUCCUUUCUUCUCAGAGUUAGGGAACAGAAAAACAACGUCCUUUCUUCUCGGAGCUAGGGAACAGAAAAACAACGUCCUUUCUUCUCAGAGCUAGGGAACAGAAAAACAACGUCCUUUCCUCUGAGCUAGGGAACAGAAAAACAACGUCCUUUCUUCUCAGAGCUAGGGAACAGAAAAACAACGUCCUUUCUUCUCAGAGCUAGGGAACAGAAAAUCAACGUCCUUUCUUCUCAGAGCUAGGGAACAGAAAAACAACGUCCUUUCUUCUCAGAGCUAGGGAACAGAAAAACAACGUCCUUUCUUCUCAGAGCUAGGGAACAGAAAAACAACGUCCUUUCUUCUCAGAGCUAGGGAACAGAAUAACAACGUCCUUUCUUCUCAGAGCUAGGGAACAGAAAAACAACGUCCUUUCUUCUCAGAGCUAGGGAACAGAAAAUCAAUAUCCAACAGUCAGUGCUGUACACUACAUUCUAUAUAGACAGUGGCACCCUAUUCGCUAUAUAGUGCACAACUUUUGACCAAAGCCCUCUGGCUCUAAAUAGGGAAUAGGGUGCCAUUUGAGAGGUCUAUAAACACAAUCAGAUAGUAAUUUACAGUCAAUACAAUCUACCAUACAGUACAUGUACGAUUCCCUAUAAAGUGCACUACUUUUGUAGCCUAGCUAAACCAGCCUGAUUCCCUAUAUAGAGCACUACUUUAUUAGUAAAAAUUCCCUCUGUAUAGGGAAUCAGGCUGGUUUAGCUAGGCUACUAAAGGAGUACUCUAUAUAGGGAAUCAGGCUGGUUUAGCUAGGCUACUAAAGGAGUGCUCUGUAUAGGGAAUCAGGCUGGUUUAGCUAGGCUACUAAAGGAGUGCUCUGUAUAGGGAAUCAGGCUGGUUUAGCUAGGCUACUAAAGGAGUGCUCUGUAUAGGGAAUCAGGCUGGUUUAGCUAGGCUACUAAAGGAGUGCUCUGUAUAGGGAAUCAGGCUGGUUUAGCUAGGCUACUAAAGAAGUGCACUAUAUAGGGAAUAGGCUGCCAUUUGGGACACACAUUGUUUUGGAAUGUUUCCCUGGCCUGGAGGAUUGUGAUUGGUUCGUUCUGUUGUUGGAGGAGGGAUUUGUAUGUGCGUAAAUAACUGUCCGCUUUUGUACUGUAAUUUUUCAUUUGAGUAUUUUAUAUCAGCAGUGUCUGAUUUUACUGUGCCUUUCAUUCAAAGGUUGUAUUUACAACUUUUUAGUGGGUUUAAAUAUUAAAAUAUAUGAAUAUAUAUAUAUAUA